CCAUCACCGACGCGCUGGUUGGUGGUGGGGUCACGAACUAUGACCUUUAACAGAAGAAAACCAAAACAAACAUUUUUAUAAAAAAGACGAGAGCGCCAAAAUCAGUGAGCAGUGUUGACCGGAGACCUCACUAAUGUCCUUACAUCAUCAGGACCAUGAACCUGAAUCUGCUCUCGCAGCAGAAACUGGGCUCUGAGCACGAGGGAGAGGGGUCAUGCUCUCCUUCAGACUCAAUGAUGAGUGAGUCACCACAGCGCUUUCAGGUCAUCUCCACUGAACCUACCACAACACCACAGCGAAUACAGAUUGUAACCGACCAGCAGACAGGUCAGAAGAUCCAGAUAGUGACAUCAAUCAAGCCCCCUAGUGCUCAGAAACAACAAUUCAUUCUGACUACAGCUGACAGUUCAGGGGCAAGCAAGGUUAUCCUGACCUCAUCAGACAGCCAAAAUGCUAAGCAGCUCAUCUUCACUGCUGCAGACAGCCUGCUGCCUGGAAGGAUACAGAUUGUAACAGACCCAGUGUCAAUGGAGAGGUUGUUUGGGCAGACAGGGGACUUGGGGCGAGCACAGCCAGUGGAGUACUGUCUGGUGUGUGGGGACAAGGCCUCAGGUCGUCACUACGGAGCGGUCAGUUGUGAGGGAUGUAAAGGCUUCUUCAAGCGGAGCGUGAGGAAGAACCUGACGUACAGCUGCCGCAGUAAACAAGACUGUGUCAUCAACAAACACCACCGCAAUCGCUGCCAGUUCUGCCGGUUGAGGAAAUGCCUUAAUAUGGGGAUGAAGACUGAGUCUGUCCAGAGUGAGAGAAAGCCCAUCGAUGUAUUGCCCAGAGAGAAGCAUGCCAACUGUGCUGCCUCCACCCAAAAGAUCUACAUUCGCAAAGAUCUAAACAGUCCACUUAUUGCCACGCCAACCUUUAUCUCAGAUACAGAGACAGAUGGCUCCAGAUCCAGCCUGCUGGACCAGGGGAUGCUGGUUAAUAUCCAGCAGCCGAUCAUCCAGAGUGAUGGAACUCUGCUGCUGGCUGCUGACUCAAAGAUGGAGUCUGGUCAAGGGGACUUGGGGACACUGGCCAGUGUGGUAACAUCAUUGGCAAACCUGAGUGACUCACUGAAAGAGAAUCUAAACAACAGUGAUACCUCGGACAGCCAACAGGAGGAGCAGUCUGCCAGCGAGAUAACACGUGCCUUUGACACCCUGGCCAAAGUUUUCAGCCCAACUGAAGUGGGUUCCGGACAGAGACUGGCAGAUAAGUCACAUUGUGUGGGUGGAACAACCAUUCAGCUGAUUGGCCGAGACCAGGAGACCCCCAUCAUUGAGGUUGAAGGACCACUGCUCACAGACAGCCAUGUUGGUUUUAAGCUGACCAUGCCAAGCCCUUUGCCCGAGUAUUUGAAUGUACAUUACAUCUGUGAGUCGGCGUCAAGACUUCUCUUUCUCUCCAUGCACUGGGCACGAUCGAUCCCUGCCUUCUCAGCUCUUGGUCUGGAGGCACACACUUGUUUGGUGCGAGCCUGCUGGAAUGAGCUGUUCACUCUGGGUCUGGCUCAGUGCGCUCAUGUGAUGAACCCAACUAUCCUCACUGCCAUCAUCAACCACCUUCAGAGCAGCAUCCAGGACGACAAGCUUUCGGGGGAGAGGGUGAAGCAGGUGAUGGAGCAUAUUUGGAAGUUCCAGGAGUUCUGUAACAGCAUGUCGAGGUUGGACACGGACAGCUACGAAUAUGCCUACCUGAAAGCUAUUGUAUUGUUCAGCCCUGAUCAUCCAGGUGUGGACGGCAGCGGGCAGAUUGAGAAGUUCCAGGAGAAAGCUUUGAUGGAGCUGCAGGACUAUGUGCAGAAAACCUAUCCAGAAGACACCUACAGAUUGACUCGUAUUCUGACUCGUCUCCCAGCACUUCGCCUCAUGAACUCGAGCAUCACAGAGGAGCUCUUCUUCACUGGCUUGAUCGGUAACGUGUCUAUUGACAGCAUCAUUCCCUACAUCCUCAAGAUGGAGACGGCUGAGUAUAACAGCCAGGACUCUGACCCUUCAGAAUGACAACCAAUCACUUCGACACUCCAGCACCCAGAACUUUCAAAUGAGUGAGUCUCCACUUCAGGUACGCUGUAAGUCUCUCAUAGGGUUAACUGUUGAACCCAGGUCCAAAUACCUGCAGGGGACCCCUUGUUUUCCUACAAUACAUGGUGCAUAGUCAUUCAGGAAUCCCUACAUGAUUAAAAAAAAAAAAGAUAUUCUGGUAUUUGAAAUCCAGUAUGACACUUGGAAUGUUUUCUGAUGCUCAGGCAGUUCAGUCAUCUUGUGUUUUGGGCCUAAACUGGGUAACUCUGAGCUGAAUUCAAAACAGGAAUCCUCUGCAGCUUCAUCUGUACUCAUCCCCUUGAUGUUUUUAAAGCACUUACAAAGCCUUAUCAUGCUCUCAUGUCGACCAAAUUCAUAAAUGAUCUUAAGUUUAUUUCAGAUAUCAGAUACAUUUGAAUGAUAAUAAAAACCUAAUAGAAAUCUUAAAAAGUCAAAGUAUAACUGCAUCUUUUUAAAAAGCAGAAUCUGAUAAAAUAAAGUACUAACUCUUAGGUGUUUUAAACUGUUAAGGAUGUUCUAGUGUUGGUAUUUGGGAACAUGAGUGCAUCAGUAUAAAGUGGUAUUUCAAUGACAGUGAUUUGGUGUUGACAAUUGAGGCUGUUACAGAGACCACUUGAUGCUCUUCUGAAUGUCAUACUGCAAAGAAUUGAAGACUGCUUGGCAUUAUUUUCUUAUUUUUAUGUUUUCAAACUGAACAGGACUGAUGACUGAACUUCCUAGGAGAUAAAAGCGAAUGAGCUACAGUUCUUCAGGUUGAAUAAAAAUACAAUCAUGGUUUGAAUGACAACUGUCAUUUUAUACAACAACUUAAUUUAAACCUGAAUUAUCAAACCCUUUCCAUUUGAAUAUGGAGUAACAUUGGCAAAGCUUUGAGCUACCACCAAGCCCGUUCUUAGCUCAUGAGAACAUGACAAACUUCAGAGGCCUGUGCUUGGAGGUCAGCGGGGUCACUUCAGGGUCAAAUCUGGGCACUACGAAGGUCGCUCACUUCUUACUGGGGAGGAGAUGACCACGUUAACUCGUGCUAAACACCUAGGCUGCAGGUCAUAUUGGGAAUAAGAGAUCCAUUUUUUGUUUCCUGGACAAUUUAAUUUGAAGAUAUCCAUGAAAGAUUGACAUGUGCUUCCCUGAUAACAACAGAGACUUAUAACAGGUUAUGAAAUAUAGUGACACACUUAUGAUGGAGAGAUAUUAUAAGCCUUUAAGUCUCUCUAAGUCAUUCAUAUUUCUGCUCUAAGUAUGUAACAUAUUGCUAUCGGUUGACAGUAGACUUAUAGUUAAUAACCAGCUUUGUGUUAGCUCUAAGCGUGACCUCCUUUUGUUAUGGUUGGUGUAGCCGGAUAAGAAAAGCACUUUCUGCAUAGUACAGGCCUCUGAUGUCAUUCUGUCUUAAAGUUGAACUUCUAACUCACACUCACAACGUCAUAUCUGCCAAAGUAACCCAAAAAAUACGCUAACCCUUUUCAUUUUUUGAAACAUCUUUAAGUCUUGGAGUGUUAUGAUGUGAAGGUACUCUUAUAUAUCGAUAUUAUAGCCAUUAAGUUGCUAAUCACCAGUGCAAUCACCUCAUCACUUUCCCCCGUAUGACAAUCAUUAUAUGUUACUUCCUUUUGUCCCAUUGUUGUCAUAACUGUCUGCUUAAUCUUCAUUUUGUAUGUGUUAUCAAUAUCAGUUAUUUCCUUUAAGGCAUAAGGUAAUCUCGAAGGUUUUUCUUUCAAAAUGUUACUAGUGUGUAGCUCUGCUACUGUUUUUGUACUUGUGUUUGUAUUUGCUAUUUGCUAAGUGCACAUCGAUCAGCUUAUCUGACAUUCCUUUAUGUUCAUGCUGACUAAAACCUUUCUGUUUGUAUGUUUUCUCAUCAUUUAUAAUUUGUUGUGAACAAAUGUGUUUGUUACAUACAAAGUGUACUUAAAGUACUUUCAGGCAGGUUUCCCUGAUAUAAAAAAAAAGACAAAUGAUGGGAGCUGGUCUCAGGUGCACUGAUGUCUUGAAGACUGAAGUCAUACACUGAUGUGUAUCGGCCUACCCACUAGUGGAAUGGUUUAAAAUGAGCAUCCACACCAACAUGAAUGAUGGGGGAUGUAAGCAAGGAGUGUGUCUUGUGUGAAAUGGUGUGUGUGUUAUUUGGGUUUGCAGCCCACACAGACUGUUUAAGGCGCUGUCAUGAAAUGGCCUUCGUACAUGUAAUUUCAUCAAAAUGAGUGCAUGUUGUUUUUAAGCAUUUUAUAUACUUGUUGCUGUCUGCCCUUAUAAGGAGCAUUGUUAUCUUUUUGUAGUGCAUUUCAGUGCAUGACGUUUCUUAAGUGCAUUUUAAAUGAUGUAUGAAAAUUUUUAUUUUAAUUUGAUUGUUGUGGCUUUAAGUAUUUACCGUGAGCAGCUCCUAAACUGCAGAUCAGAUGAGAUUUUUCCAGCUUUGUGGAUUUAGUAUCUUAUGUUUAACAUUUUAUACUAUGUUAAUAUACCUUGUCAUUUUUUUUUUGCACAUGUCAAGUAUGAUCCUUCAAACAUUGAACAACAUUCAAACAACAUUCAUGUUCCGCUCAAGUUUGUCACAACCCUACAUUUCUACCUCAAAGUGAUAAAGAUAUGAAACAAAUGUAUGAAAGACUGAGCUUCUGUAUCAGCAUUCUAGUCUCUGAGGCGGGCUUCUCUGAAGCCACACAUUCUGACAGAAAUAAACAAUUCAUAGUGAAA